AACAUGUCCACCCCUGACAACCAGUCGUACCUGGCUGCUGGAAUCAACAGACUAUCUCCCUGGGGCCCUCGUAGUCCCGUCACCAAGCCGCAAGACACUUCUGAGCAGUCCUCUAGUGACAUUGGCCUCAAGCAACAGCGAGGAGGGGACCACAAAGUCAGUCAUAGGCACCGACUCAGCUUGAAACGCUACCCUCGGGACUGCCCACCUCUACGUGUUCAGUGGUUCUUUGCUGUCGAUGUACCCAAGCGCAAACCACUCUACUCGGACAAGCCCCUAGGCAAGGUCGAGGGUGUCGAAGCACCCAAGGUCGUUCCCAAGAAAUACGCUCCUUUCUCCCGAAAGGACUCUCGUGCUAUAGAAAAGGCGUUCCAUAGACUCUCCAGAGAGGAUGACGCCGUUGAAAGAAGGGAGCUGGAGAACUCGGAAGAUAUUACAGAUAUCAAACAUCCUGGACUCGAGUCGCACCACAAAUCAGCAAAAGUCCCUGUCAAUGAAGACUACCUGUUCGAUGUGGACGUUAUGAACAGGGAGCUAGCUCCCGCUUAUUGGUUGGGACCCGUAUAUGAAGUCCGACGUGGAACUUGGUUUUAUCAAGAGGGUGCUGUCCAAAAGCCCUGCGAUGAGAACUUGGCUGCUCAGCUGGAGGAACAAUAUCUUAGGGCUACCCCCUGGACAUGGAAGAAACAGGAACCCACUCCUCCAAGAUCAGCUUCCCAAUCUCGCUCUACCGCUUCGUCUCCACUGGCUCCCAAGGGCUCACUUCCGAAUCUUCGCGAGCAAAAUGCCAAAGAGGCCGAGGACGCGCAAUCUACUCACCCUGUACAAACAUAUCGCCUGUUCGGACCGCAUUCAAAUUCCGUCGUGACGUAUCAAGAUACUACCACUGCAUGGAUACUCACAGAUGAUUUUAUCAGCAGAAUGAGCAGUGGUGUGUACAGACGCUUUGCUGGAGGUGCUCAUUAUGCCGGCAUCAAGGUCACUCGUGGCUAUGUCAGCCAGAAGAAGGCCGAAGAGAAGGAACCAAAGGCAGACUCGGACUCUAAAUCUGCCACUGUAGAUAUCUCUUCAGAAGAACCUGGGAGAAACCUAGCACUCGUGCCCGCAGACGGUGGUAAAGCGGACAGUCUUCAUGCAGAGAUUGCGAGUCCGGAGUCCGAAAAACACCGCCAGACCUUGGAGCAGCAAAUGUCCUCGCUUGUUAGUGCUGGUCGUGAGGACCCUCAAAAGCAGGAGGAAGAGGUUCGAAAGCGCGAUGAGAAGGAGAUCCAAGACGACUACCGCGACAGAGAGGGAGAGCAACAAGAUCGAGAGAUUGAGCAUCUCCUACUCGUAACUCACGGCAUCGGCCAGCGUCUCGGUCUAAGAAUGGAGUCGGUAAACUUCGUUGGAGACGUGAACACUCUUCGCAAGACUCUCAAGGCUGUCUAUCAUGAAAGUGCUGAUCUACAGGCGUUGAACUCGGAGGUCAACGCUCUGCCUAAGAAUUGUCGGAUCCAGGUACUGCCUAUUAACUGGAGACACAAGUUGGAUUUCCCAAACCGUGCUCUGAAACACAACCGAAAGGAACACGAUCUUGCACACGGUGGUUUUGGCGAAGAGGAGGACUAUCCCAAUCUUGACAACAUCUCUGUUGAAGGCGUGCCAGCUGUGAGAAACCUCAUCACUGAUUUGGCUUUGGACAUCCUAUUAUACCAGAGCCCGGCAUACAAAGAUGCCAUUGCGACCAUUGUGCUUGAGGAGUGCAACCGUAUCUACAAACUAUUCUGCCAACGCAACCCUUUAUUCAAGGGCAAGGUCAGCUUGGUCGGUCACUCACUGGGAUCAGCCAUUAUGUUCGAUAUCUUGUGUCUACAGGAGAGGAACGAGAUUCACCAAAAACAGUCCGGCAAAGCUGCACGCAACCCGAUGAAGCUGGACUUUGACGUCGAAGACUUCUACGCUCUUGGGUCGCCGAUUGGUCUGUUCCAGAUGCUGAAGGGUCGCACGAUCUCGGCUAGAGAAACCGGGCAAGGCAAUCACAAAUCAGCGGAUUCAGCUUCCAACAUAUUCCUUGGUUCAACAACGAAGAGCUCUGAUAACUUGUCCGGAAUGGGCACCCAGAAUUCUGACCUGCCUAUCUCCUCACCGAAGUGCCGACAGGUCUUCAACAUCUUCCAUCCUACUGAUCCUAUCAGCUAUCGCAUUGAGCCUUUGAUCUCGCCUGCAAUGUCAUCUCUCAAGCCACAACCGCUACCAUACACUAAACGAGGCAUCUUCAGUACUGCGACUGGCCAAGGUCUUACUGGUAUCGGCGCACGUGUCGGACAGAGCGUUUCUGGACUUUGGUCAAGCUUCAGCUCUGGUAUCGCAAGCAGUCUACUCAACCGCAGUCUUGGCUUCACAGCUGAGGAUGCAGGCAAACUUGGAGGAUCAGCAGGCACCAGCCAGUCUCGCACUCCAUUGUCUCUGGGUGCCGGAACCAACCUGGCUGGAGGUAUCGUCCCUACUGCGCCAGCCUCAAACUCUAAGAUAGACAAAGUCGACGGUGACCCGACAGACAAACUGGUCAGCGAGGCGCAGAGAGCGGAUGAAGCUGGUGAACGCCCUCCAACUCUUAUCGAUGCUGAACUGGAAACUUUGUACGCGGGAUUCCAGAACACACGAAAGAGCGCACAGAGUGAAGUAGAUCAUGACAUGGCCGAAAGCGAGAGAGUAGAAGCAGAGGAACGUGGUCGUAAGCUGAAGAAGGAGGAGGCCAAGGUUCGAGCCUUGAACUCCAACGGAAGAGUUGACUACAGCAUCCAAGAGGGUGCAUUCGACAUUUCCCUCAUCGCAGCCGUGGCUUCGCAUCUUUCCUAUUGGGCAGAUGAGGAUGUGAAUCAUUUCAUGAUAUCGCAGCUUCUGUCCCGGCAGAGAACGGUGCGCAAGUCAGGCAGCAAUCAGAACAUGAAGGGGUAA